GGAGGACUCGCAGACGCCCAAGUGGGAUUGUUACUUGGAGACGUUUGCUAAGCCCAAGAGAGAGGACACUGUGGGGGCGGGAGGGGCGGGAAGCGAGGCAUUUACCCUCCGGCCACUGAAAGAAGGGUUAUUUCGCCCGCCCCGCGCCUACCAUGAUGUUCCCCGGCCUCCUCGCGCCCCCCGCCGGGUACCCUAGCCUCCUGCGGCCCACGCCCACCUUGACGCUGCCCCAGUCCUUGCAGUCGGCAUUUUCCGGCCACUCCAGCUUCCUGGUGGAGGAUCUGAUCCGCAUCAGCCGACCCCCCGCCUACCUGCCCCGCAACGUGCCCACCGCCAGCAUGUCGCCGCCCAGGCAGGGGGCCCCCACGGCCCUCACCGAUACGGGGGCCUCGGACCUGGGCUCCCCGGGUCCCGGCAGCCGGCGGGGCGGCUCUCCGCCGACUGCCGUCUCCCCUGCCAGCGAGACGACGUUUCUGAAGUUUGGAGUGAACGCUAUCCUCUCCUCGGGGCCCAGAACAGAAACAUCCCCAGCCUUGCUCCAGAGCGUCCCUCCCAAGACCUUCGCCUUUCCCUACUUCGAAGGGUCCUUUCCGCCUUUCAUCAGAUCUUCUUAUUUCCCAGCGUCCUCCAGCGUGGUGCCCAUCCCCGGGACCUUCUCCUGGCCGCUGGCCGCGCGCGGGAAGCCUCGGCGGGGCAUGCUGCGUCGAGCAGUCUUCUCCGACGUGCAGCGCAAGGCGCUGGAGAAGAUGUUCCAGAAGCAGAAGUACAUCAGCAAGCCCGACCGCAAGAAGCUGGCGGCCAAGCUGGGCCUGAAAGACUCGCAGGUGAAAAUCUGGUUCCAGAACCGACGCAUGAAAUGGCGGAACUCCAAGGAGCGCGAACUCCUGUCUAGCGGGGGCUGUCGCGAGCAGACCCUGCCCACCAAGCUCAAUCCGCACCCGGACCUCAGCGACGUGGGCCAGAAGGGCCCUGGGGACGAAGAGGAGGAGGAGGAGGGCCCGGGCAGCCCCAGCCACCGCCUGGCCUACCACGCGUCCCCCGACCCCCAGCACCUGCGGGACCCGCGGCUGCCAGGGCCGCUGCCCCCCUCGCCCGCGCACUCGAGCAGCCCCGGGAAACCUUCGGACUUCUCAGACUCCGAGGAGGAAGAGGAGGGCGAGGAAGAGGUGGAAAUCACCGUGUCCUAGAAGCCGCUCGCACGCCAGAGUACUGUUUUUAAGUGCUUUGAAAUCGAAGAGGUGGGGUC